UUCACAAGCACGCAAUAUUCCUAGGCCGACUGUACAACAGUUUCAAUUUUCUCCAACCUUCCGCGACCGAGAAAAAUAAAAGCGCUCCAUUAGACCACUUUGGCUUCGUGAGUGGCGUGUCUGGGUGCCUGGGUCCGGGUGUCGGCCAUCAGCUGGGUACACAGACAAGCAAACACACUCGUGCAACCCUCCAGUGAAGGAAGGAUGGCGACAGUCAAGGUUUACUACUUUGAUGCUGCAGGUCGUGCCGAGAUCAUCCGCCUCGUGCUGGCGGCCGCGGGAAUCGAGUUUGACGACAUCAGGUUCCCGUAUCUAGUGUCAGAUGACUGGGCGACCAAAUACAAGCCACUGGCACCAUUCGGCCAGGCGCCAUUCGUAGAGUACAAUGGAAAAAGAUAUGGACAGAGCACAGCAAUAGCCAAGUUCUUUGCCCGAGAGAAUGACCAACACCAGUUCUUGUGCAAAUCUCCAGGUUUCUAUGGCGCCAACAACCUGGAGGCUUUUCGCAUCGAUGAAGUGGUGGGGCUGGUGCAGGACCUUUUUACUGUUACUGCCAAAAUCUAUGUGGAAAAAGAUCCCGUGAAGAAGGAGGAACUCAGGACAGCAAUGGUAGAAGGCGACGGUCCAAAGUUUUUCGGUUUCUUCGAGAAACUUCUGCAGGAGAACGGAACUGGGUACUUCGUAGGUAAUCAGCUGUCUCUGGCUGACCUGAUGGUGUACGACAUGGCCACACAGCUCCGCAACACCUUCAACUACGAUGGCCUCGCCCACUUUCCAGACAUCAAGGCUCUGGUGGAGAAGGUGACAAGCAAAGACAACAUCAAGAAAUACAUCGACAGCAAGAAAGAGACUAAAGAUCACUCGUGUCCCGCCAGCAGUGCGUCCGGAGCAUCAACGGUUGCAGCGCAGAAAGCAAAGAUGGCGAACGUCAAGCUCUUCUACUUCGACUCUGCGGGUCGCGCGGAGCUGAUCCGCCUGGUGCUGACGGCGGCGAAAGUCGAGUUUGAUGACGUCAGGUUCCAGGGGGAUGACUGGCCCGCCAAGUACAAGCCAGUGGCACCAUUCGGCCAGGCGCCGUUUGUAGAGUACAAUGGAAAGAAGUAUGGACAGAGCAUCGCAAUCGCCAAGUUCUUUGCCCGAGAGAACGGACUUUACGGCGCCAACAACCUGGAGGCAUUCCGCAUCGACGAGGUGGUGGGGCUGGUGCAGGAUUUCUUCACCGUUUUGGUCAAAAUCUUUCUGGAGCAGGACCCUGCCAAGAAGGAGGAGAUAAAGGCAACUAUGGAGAAGGACGAUGCCCCCAAGUUUUUGCGCUUUUUUCAGAAGCUUUUGCAGGAGAAUGGAACUGGGUACUUUGUAGGAGACAAGCUGUCUCUGGCUGACCUGAUCGUGUACGACAUGGUCACACAGCUCCAAAAAACCUUCAACUUCGAUGCAUCUACCGACUUUCCAGAAAUCAAGGCUCUGGUGGAUAAAGUGGCCAGCGACGAGAACAUCAAAACUUACAUCGACAGCAAGAAAUGAACAUUGUUUACUUCCUUUCCCAAGCCGAAGAAACAAAUAAAUGUUGAAUACGCUAAUAAACAAACUUUGUCAUUGAACCACCAUCUUGUGAGCAGCCUGCGCCAUUUGUAGUCAUGUCACCUCGGUGACGUGUCACUGAGCGAGUAAGUGUGAGUCUGCUCACGAUAUCUUUCGUUAAACCUUUCACCUGUUCCUUACUCUGGGAUUUCUCAUCAAUAUUGUAUGUCUCCAUGAUAAGGAUUCCGAGAAACCUGCAACUGUCCAUCUGGUGACUGCUCAGAUCCUGUUGCUAAUGCUGAGCAGCUGCUCACGUCACUGCCUGUUGCGCAGGUCCACGUGGUGUUAAACUCAGUAAACUACUACUAAAAACUGUAAACCUACCUCUGCUAGUGUAAACAAUGAUUGUGAUAUGUGAGCUAACAUGCAUAAUAAAGGCUGGGCAACAUGUCUGAUGUUAGGCGUGCAAUGGAAGGGACACUGUGAAUGCUUGCUUGAGAAACUGAUCCCAUAGUGCCACGUCACCAUUGUAUCUCACUAGGCCACCGUCAACAUGCCACCACGUGACCGCCUAAUGGCAUCUCGUCACCACCGACUUGAUGUCACGUCACACACGCGACGUUGAUUAGCCGGUCACGUGAUGUCACAUGACUAUUGCCUCCCCACUAAUCAACUCCUCUUGAUGUUACAUUGCAUCAUGCACAAAGAAACUUCACUGACCAGUAAUUCCGCAUAUAUUACAGUCUGGUAAUAUCCAGUAAUGUUAGUACGCAAUCUUAUCAUAACAUAGGAAUCUAUAUAUUGACUGAUCACGUGACGAUAGUAAGCACAGGAGUGGGUGUUAACUCACCAUAAAACAAAAAUCGGCCAGACUCUUAAACCAUGGAUUUUUCUAUUUUUAUUUCUGUUUUUAUUUUAUUUAUUUAUAUAUAUAUAUUUUUUUUGCUGUUACCGCUGUUUUCUCUGCAACCUCCCAUCAGCCCCCUCUUCACCAGCUACAUGGUGUUUUGUCACACUCCCCCUAAUGCUAAGUAAACUGCAAUUAUCGCCACAUGCUUACACGUGUUGACAGGAAAUAAACAAACGCCAACAGACUCCA